CGGGGGCUGAGGCGGAGGAGCCGGGCUCCGGCGCGGGGAGGUGCGCGCGUCAGGCUGGCUGUUCGCGGCUGGUGCCUCGCAGCUGCGGGGACCCGGUGGCGCGGCUGCGGUCUCGGCGAGGCCAGAAGGAAGCGAACGGAGGGCAGAGCCGAGGACCGAGCAAGACAGAUUCAAGUACUGACAAUUCUACCAACGGAAAAGUUAAGAGAAAGAGAGGACAGAAAAGGAAUAAAAGGAAAAAAGAAAGAAAGGACCAAAGUUGAAACAUCAAGAAAAAGAAAGAAAGAAAAAAGGAAGAAACAACCACAUCAUAUCACCUUUCUAAGUGUCAGCAAAUUGGACAAUGGCAUUGAGUGGGUUUUGAAAAUGUCUGAAGUUUAGUGGGCCGCAUCUACCUUCCGCUUUUGCCCUACCAUUUACAAGAGAAUAAAUGGGAUGUUUGAGAAGACAGCUCUAUUAAAAGAAGAGUGUUGCAAAUGGCUUCAGAUUCCAUGAAUACAAAAUACCCUAGGAAUCACUUCACAAAGGGGAAAAGGCAGCAGCACCAGCAAACAAAGACUAGAUCUUCCAUCAGUGAUGGCGAUGGCGACGACUCCUUCAUCUUUGAAGCACAGGAAGCUUGGAAAGAUUUUCAUGGGUCUCUUCUUCGGUUUUAUGAAAAUGGAGAACUUUGUGAUGUCACACUAAAGGUUGGCUCAAAGUUAAUCUCUUGUCACAAACUGGUUUUGGCCUGCGUUAUUCCCUACUUCAGAGCCAUGUUUCUCUCUGAAAUGGCUGAAGCCAAGCAGACAGUGAUUGAGAUUAGAGAUUUUGAUGGCGAUGCAAUAGAAGACCUGGUCAAGUUUGUCUAUUCCUCACGGCUCACUCUGACUGUUGACAACGUCCAGCCUCUCUUAUAUGCAGCCUGCAUCCUGCAGGUGGAACUGGUGGCCAGAGCUUGCUGUGAAUACAUGAAGUUACAUUUUCAUCCCUCCAACUGCCUGGCGGUAAGAGCCUUUGCGGAAAGUCACAAUCGAAUAGACUUAAUGGACAUGGCGGAUCAGUAUGCCUGUGAGCACUUUACUGAAGUAGUGGAGUGUGAAGACUUCGUAAGUGUGUCACCCCAGCAUCUCCAUAAGCUUUUGUCCUCCAGUGAUCUGAAUAUCGAGAAUGAAAAACAGGUCUAUAAUGCAGCCAUCAAGUGGCUUCUUGCCAAUCCUCAGCAUCACUCCAAAUGGCUGGAUGAAACGCUUGCACAGGUUCGUUUGCCGCUGUUGCCAGUGGAUUUCCUUAUGGGUGUUGUGGCAAAAGAACAGAUUGUCAAGCAAAACCUGAAAUGUAGAGAUUUAUUGGAUGAAGCAAGAAACUACCACCUUCACUUGAGUAGCAGAGCAGUACCGGACUUUGAAUACUCUAUUCGGACUACACCAAGGAAGCAUACUGCUGGCGUGCUGUUUUGUGUGGGUGGUCGAGGUGGAUCUGGUGACCCUUUUCGCAGUAUUGAAUGCUAUUCUAUCAACAAAAACAGUUGGUUCUUUGGACCAGAAAUGAACAGUCGAAGGCGACAUGUGGGUGUAAUCUCUGUGGAAGGUAAAGUGUAUGCCGUGGGUGGACACGAUGGAAAUGAGCAUUUAGGCAGCAUGGAGAUGUUUGACCCUCUCAGUAAUAAAUGGAUGAUGAAGGCAUCAAUGAACACAAAGAGGCGAGGAAUUGCCUUAGCCUCCUUAGGAGGCCCAAUUUAUGCAAUUGGAGGGUUAGAUGACAACACUUGCUUCAACUACGUGGAGAGAUAUGACAUAGAAUGUGAUCAGUGGAGUACAGUGGCACCAAUGAUUACUCCCCGUGGAGGAGUUGGCUCUGUGGCUCUAGUGAACCAUGUUUAUGCAGUAGGUGGCAAUGAUGGAGUAGCCUCUCUAUCUAGUGUGGAGAGGUAUGAUCCACAUCUGGAUAAGUGGAUAGAACUUAAAGAGAUGGGUCAACGAAGAGCAGGCAAUGGAGUUAGUGAUCUCCAUGGUUGUUUAUACGUUGUUGGUGGUUUUGAUGAUAAUUCUCCUCUGAGUUCGGUUGAGCGGUAUGACCCUCGAAGCAACAAAUGGGAUUAUGUAGCAGCACUUACCACUCCCAGGGGUGGAGUGGGGAUCGCAACAGUGAUGGGCAAAAUCUUUGCAGUUGGUGGUCAUAAUGGCAACGCAUACUUAAAUACAGUAGAAGCAUUUGAUCCAGUGCUGAAUAGGUGGGAGCUUGUUGGAUCUGUGUCACAUUGCCGAGCUGGAGCAGGUGUAGCUGUGUGUGCCUGUUUAACUAGCCAAAUUCGAGAUGUAGGUCAUGGAUCCAACAAUGUGGUUGACUGCAUGUGAUUUGAGUCCCAGCCAUCAACAAUUUCAUCAUAUCUGAUAGUCAGGAAAAAUGACCAGGAUUUUGUAUGACCCUCUUUGAACAGUUUUAACUACUACUAGAGUCUUGCUGAAAUGUAAACUGUUGUAUUGUGACAAAGUGCAACUUUUGGAAUAGUAGCUAAAGAAUUAUUAGUAAUAAAGUUAAAUUUGAUAACUUCCCACUUUAGCAAAUAAUUGAGUAGGGAAGAAAGACAUUCUAACCUGAAACCAUACCUUCUCUGAAAAAUGUUUAAAGUCGUGCCAACCGUUGAAAUUCCUAUUUAAAAAAGUGUGGACAAAUCAAAAUGUAAGUCAUUUACUGAGGUUUUUUUUGUUUGUUUUGUUUCUUUUGCCUAAAGGUAUUAACCUUAGGCAGUGGGCUUUUCCUAGAGGGGAGAUUAGACUCUCUUCAUCAACACCAGGACAUUAGGACACAGAAGAGACCUUCUUUUGAAGAGCAGUUCUACUUGGUGCUGAUGAAUUUAUGCCUUGCUUUUUCUGGGUGUUGAUUUCUCAGUUUUUUUUGGAAUAUUUACAGAAGUAGAAACAAAUGUUUGAUCUCUCUGCAUGCCACUUGGCUCAAAGCUUCUAAGAUCUUAAUUUCAGUUUGAGUUGUUAGGACACCAAAGACCUAGCUGAACUGAUUCCAUCUGAACAAAUGUACACUUUUAUUUUUUCACCUCAUACAAAAAAAAAGAAAUUUCUUCAUAGUAAGCAAAAAUUGAACCAGAGUACAUACUAGAGGAAAGCUUUCGAGUUGAUGUUAUUCUAGUGCUCAGUCAAUACACCUUAAGAGAGCCUGAGAAUAUGUUCAACACUCUUUUUUUGAUUUAAUCAUUUGAUUUUGAACUUUCUAUUUUGCUAUUUGCCACCAUCCUGGUGUUUGUAACUGUACAGAAUCUGGAUUAAUUUAUUAUCAGAAAAUGAAUGCAUUUUUACAUGUAUCCUAUUAUAGACUGUAGUUUACUGAUUAGUUCAAGUCCAUCAUUACCAAUAAAAGAUAUAGUUGGUAAAAACAGAGAAAGAUUGAAACUACAUUUUUUUUCUGUUUUAUUUAAUCCCCUUUGGUAUAUUUAUUUAAUUGGAAAUAUUUCUGUACAUUAAUUUGAAGCCAGGAUAUUCUUACAUCUACUAAUUAACAGGUCUUCAUGGUUUAAACCAGAAUUGUAAAAUGGCCUAUUUGUUAUAUGUAUAUAUUUGUAUAAAUAUUUAUGAGGAAUAUUUUUUAUUUGAAUGUCAUUUGGUACAUCUAGGCUCUCCUAAAGUCAUACCUUAGAAUUCAGUAUAAUUCACUGCUGAUCAGUCAUCUGGUUCACAAGGAAGCAGGGCAGUAAGAACCCUAACCCCAUCUAGCCAACCCUGAAGUUUAUUGCCUAGUAGCUCUGGUGGUCCUCAUUAAGUGGCAUCCUGGCCCUAGCUGGUUAGAAUGUCUGCCUGCGGACUGAAGGGUCACGGGUUCAAUUCCUGGUCAAGGGCACAUACCUGGGUUGUGGGUUUGCUCCCAGCCCUGGUUGACGUGUCUCUCUCACAUUGAUGCUUCUCUCUCUCUCUCUCUCUACCCUCUCACCACCCCCAUUCUUUUCACUCUCUCUGAAAAAUCAGUGGGAAAAAUAUCUUCGGGUGAAGAUUUAAAAAAAAAAAAAAAUGGCAACCUGGGCUUGUCAGUGCAGUAGAUCAAAAAGCCACAUUACAAAGCCAUUGCCUAUUG